UAUGGCGGUACGUCCUUUGUGGGGAGCCAUGACGCGCCACAACAGAUAAACUUAUUUCGUCUUAGCGACAUAAAUACAAUAAUUCAAUUCCUUUAAAAAAAAAAACUUUUACGAUGGCUUAUAUCGAACGAUUAAAAAAAAACUCAACUAAAUAAUUGAACGUAACACAUAAAUAACAAAAUCAUCGAAGUUUAGCGAGAAGUAGUAUCUGACGGCAAACAGUUUUAUGUAGCUGUAGACCAUGUCCCGAACCGGCUCGAUGUCCGGACUGCUGGUCGUAAUCGCGUUGUCUUUUUGCUCUCUUACGACCGACGGCGACACGGAGCCGCUGAACACAACGGUCGGCGAGUACUCGUUUGGCUACCACGCGAGGACGAUUAGGGAGAGCAGGCCACUCAUUGGACCCUUUGACUUGUCAAAGAAGCUGAAAAAGGCAAAACAACCUGUCGGUCAACAACCAAGCGCAGCACUGCAAGCUGCCAGAAUUUUGGGGCAGAACAUAAAAAACAUUCAAAAUAUUUCUAGUUCAUCACCUAUUCUUUCCGACUCCGUAGUUCUUGAUACGUCUCCCGCACCUGACGCUAUGAAAUCAGCCAAAAAAACGAAAUCACCACGCGAAAAUGAUUUUAAAAUGGAAUCUUUUACUGUUGCACCUAACACAAAAAUCAAAUCUAGAAAAACACCAAAGAAGAGGAAAACAAAAAUUGGUGUGGGUGCGAGAACGGAGCAGGCGACGGCGCUGGCGGGACAGCGCGCCGCACUACUGCCCGGCGACCUCUUGCUAGGUGGCCUCGUCACGGUGCAUGGGCGCGGCGCGGGAGCCACAGCGUGCGGGGCUUUGCGGUUGCGCGGCGUGCAGGCGUUGGAAGCCAUGAUGUUCGCGCUGGCGGCGGCCGGCCCGCCGGCGCCCGGCGUGCGCCUUGGCGCGCUCGUACUCGACGACUGCGACACCGACACGCGCGGCCUGGAGAUGGCGCUGGACUUCAUCAAAGGUUCUAUCAGCAACAUCAACGCCGAGCAACGCGCCUGCAAUGCGUCGAGCGUGGCUGGCGCGGCGAGAGCGACGGGCGACACGGGUCCGGGCGGGCGCCAGGUCAUCGCAGGCGUGGUGGGCGCAGCCUCCAGCGUUACCUCCGUACAAGUUGCCAAUCUACUUCGGCUUUUUAAAAUCCCCCAGGUGUCGUUUUUAUCUACGUCCCCGGAACUGUCAAACAAGGCUCGUUUUGAAUAUUUUAUGCGCACCAUCCCCUCGGACUCGCAUCAGGUGCGUGCGAUGGUCGAGAUUGCCAAGAAACUGGAGUGGCGCUACGUCUCCGUCAUCUACGAGGAAUCGAAUUACGGAAUUAAGGCCUUCGAGGAUUUAGAGACCAUGUUGGCAAGAAACAACAUCUGCAUAGCGGUGAAGGAGCGGCUCAUGAGGGAGUCGGGCGAGCCGCACGACAGUACCUACGAUGGCCUGGUGCAGCGGCUGAUGGCGCGCCCGCGAGCGCGCGGUGUGAUCGUGUUCGCGUGCGAGCGGGAAGUGGCGGCCCUGAUGGCGGCCGUGCGGCGACGGGGCGCGAACGUCGCCUUCGGCUGGCUAGGUUCCGACUGCUGGGCCGGGGGCGCGAUGCUCGCCGCCGGCAACGAGCGCGCCCUCGAGGGCGCCAUCGGCGUGCAGCUGCAGGCCAAGCCCGUGCGCGGUUUUCGCGAAUACUUCCUUAAUCUCACCGUAGAAAACAAUCCGAGGAAUCCCUGGUUCGCAGAAUUCUGGGAGCAGCAGUUCGGGUGCCGCUACCCGGGGGCGCGAGCGGGGCGGGCUGGGCGGUCGGGGCGGCGCUGCUCGGGCGCCGAGCGGCUGGCGAGCGACACGCCGCUGGAGGGCCGGCUGCAGUUCGUGGCGGACGCGGUGUUCGCUUUCGUGCACGCCGUGCGCGACAUGCACCGCGAGCUGUGCGGCGGCCGGGCCGGACUGUGCGCGCGCAUGCGCCCGCUCAGCGGCCCGAUGCUCCUGCACUACCUGCGCCGAGUGCGCUUCACGGGGUUGAGCGGUGACGAGUUCCACUUCGACGCGAACGGCGACGGCCCCGCGCGCUACGACAUCCUGCACUACCGGCGGGCGGCGAGCGGCGGCCAUCGCUGGCUCAAGGUGGGGCGGUACCUCGACGGCGACCUACAUCUCGACUUGGCGGAAAUCCAGCCGAGGACGGCAUCGGUGUGCAGCGCGGAGUGCGCGGCGGGCCAGGCCAGGCGGUACGCGGCCGGCGACUCCUGCUGCUGGCACUGCUACAACUGCACGCAGUACGAGGCUAGUCUCCCGAUCCGGUCUCCUGUGUCGCAUACGACGUGCGCGCAGUGUCCGCCGGGCACGCUGCCGGACGCGGCGCGCGUGAGCUGCCUGCCCGUGCCCGCGCGCGUCCUGCGCCCCGCGCACCCCGCGCUGGCCGCCGCGCUGGCCUGCUCCGCGUUUGGCGCGUUGCUCACCGCAUUGAAGCGGGUCCGUGUGCGCAGGGCGGUGGGCGCGCUGUGGGCGCUGCGGGGCGACACGCCGGUGGUGCGCGCCAGCGGCCGCGAGCUGAGCCUGGUGCUGCUGGUCGGCAUCCUCAUGUGCUACCUGGUGCCGUUCGUGCUCGCGCUGCGUCCCACCGACGGCGUGUGCGCGCUGCAGCGGUUCGGCAGCGCGCUGUGCUUCACGGUGGUGUACGCCGCGCUGCUCACCAAGACCAACCGCAUCGCGCGUAUCUUCUCCGCCCCGCGCCGCUCCGCGCGUCGCCCGCCGCUUAUCUCGCCACGCUCGCAGCUCGCCAUCUGCGCCCUCCUCGUCUCCGUGCAGGUGGCGCUGGUGGCGGUGUGGCAAGCGGCGGCGCCGGCGCGCGCGGUUCACCACUUUCCCACGCGCGCGCACAACCUGCUCGUGUGCGACUCGUACGUGGACGCGUCCUACGCGCUCGCCUUCCUCUACCCCGUGCUGCUCAUCGCCGUGUGCACCGUGCACGCCGUGCUCACCCGCAACAUCCCUGAGGCAUUCAACGAGAGCAAGCACAUCGGUUUCGCGAUGUACACGACCUGCGUGAUCUGGUUCGCGUUCGUGCCGCUGCACCUGGGCACGACGAGCCGCGUCCCGCUGCGCGUCACCAGCCUGGCCCUCACCAUCUCACUCAGCGCCAGCGUCACGCUCGCCUGUCUCUUCGCGCCCAAGGUGUACAUCAUAUUGGUGCGGCCGGAGCGCAACGUGCGCGCCAGCCUGAUGCCGGCGCGCUGGCGGGCGCGGGGCGCGGCGGGUGGCGCGGCGGGCGGCGCGGUGUGCGCGGCGCUGGUGGGCGCGGCGCCGCUGCCCGGUACCGGCUCGCCGCCGCCGCUAGCAUACCCCUCCACAGACUUUUCUAAGACAGAAGUGAGCGGGAGAUCGACAUCGAACGAACGACAAGUGCAAACGGAGGAGGAUCCGAGGUGGGAGCGGGCGGGUGGCGCGCUGCCGCUGGACCCGCGCCGGCUGGCCGGGCUGGCGGCCGGGCUGCCCGCCUUCGCCCUCGCGCCCGGUGCGCUGCGCAGACGCGGCGUGCGGGAUGCUGCACCCAUAUAG